AUGGACCGCUACAUCGUCGAAAAGGUCAUUGGCGAAGGCACGUACGGGGUCGUGUACAAGGCUAUCGAGAAGUCGACAAAAGAGCAAGUCGCCAUCAAAAAGUUCAAGUUCCUCGGCGACGACAACCUCUCCAAGCGCGAGCUCCAAGCGUGCUCGAUGCUCAACCACCCGAACAUCGUCACGUUUCGCUACAGCUUUCGCGGCGACGGCUACUUGCACCUGGUCUUUGACUAUGCGCCGUCGACGCUCGCCAAGCUCGUGGCCAGAAACAAGACCGGACUGCGCCCGGCCCAUGCGCGCGCUAUCGCCUUUCAGCUCACAAAGGCACUGCACUGCUGCCACGCCAAUCACAUUAUUCACCGCGAUAUCAAGCCCGAGAACGUACUUCUGGACGCCAACGGCAACGUCAAGCUGUGCGACUUUGGCGUUGCACGCCCGAUUCAAUACGAAGGCGAGGCCUUGUCCGACUACGUCGCAACGCGCUGGUACCGCCCGCCCGAGCAAGAGCUCCGCUGCACCAACUACUCGUACAACGCCGACAUUUGGAGUCUUGGGUGCGUCAUUGCCGAGCUCUUCACGGGCAAACCUCUCUUCCGCGGCGAGAACCAACUCGAUCAGCUGCGCCUCAUUCAAGAAAUGCUGGGGCCGCUGCCGCCUUCGCUCGCGGCGAAGCUGCCGAAAGGCGUCAGCGUCAGCAAGGCAACGUACCCAACAACGUCGCUCCGACUGGCGUUUAGCGAGACGAUUCCGUUUCCCGAACGACUCUCAGCCCGCGACGCACUGGACCACGUGCUCUUUGCCAAGCUGCGGCAAGAGGACCUGGUCGCGGAGGCCCAGAAGAAGCGCCGCCAGCGCCACCACGACGACAUUGAAGAGGAGAUUGACGGCGUGCGCACCGAGUAUGAAGGCGACGACCUCGACGGCUCGGGCCCGACGCUCGACGACAUGAAGGGCGACGACGAGGUGAAAAGCAUGCGGGCGAUGGCCAAGGGUUUUGGGCCGCGCAUUAUGGCGCCGCUGCGCAAGAGUCAAGGUGCCAAGGACGACGAUAUUCAAGAAAUCAUCGAGAGCGAAGACAACAACACGGUCGCGCGAAGGCGCCUCUCGCUCCACAGCAGCAUCGCGAGCGAGCACAGCAUCUACGACGACGACUUUGAGGACUACGAGAGCGAAAGCAAGCGAUAAAACCACUCCAUGGAUGCGUACAUGUAC